UUACACAGUCCCUCUCCCAUUUCUUAACCAUACUGUUCAAACAUCAAUUAAACCUCGUUGAAAAUUCUCAUAUUUCUCAUGCUUGUCUCCGGCCGGGAACCACUCUUCACCCAUCUUCUUCAACCCACCACAAACUGACGAAUUAAGAGAAAUUAAUUAAUCAUCAUGUUAACCACUCAGAGUCACAGUGAUGACUACGAUCAAAGCGAUGACGAACAUGUCCGCGACAUCCACGCCCUGACUCCUCCACACCCUCAGCCGGUCGCCAGCCGUAGGCGUUGGGACAGUACCAGUGGCAGCCAAAGAUCAUCCUCUUUGUCCAUGGCCAGCGAGGUCAGCACGGAAAAUUUCACAUCCAUGAGCCGAGAAUUCAACGCUCUUGUCCUCGCGGGGUCCACGAUAAACGCCGACUCAAUAAGUGGUGGCAGUGGCAACAACAAUAACAACUCCGCCAACAAUAAUACUAGUAAUCUGCGCAGGAUUGGGGAGAAUCAUGAGGUUCCUGUGGAGGAGGAGGAGACUAAUCCUUUAGCGAUUGUUCUGGAUAGUAAUCCGUUAGAUGUUCCGCCACGGGCGGCGGAGGUGGGAGGUGUUGAGGUGUCGGUGCAGAGGGUGAAGAAAGAGGAGGUGGAGACGAAGAUAUCGGCGUGGCAGAACGCCAAGAUUGCGAAGAUUAAUAACAGGUUUAAGAGAGAGGAUGCUGUGAUUAAUGGUUGGGAAUCUGAGCAAGUCCACAAGGCUACUUCUUGCAUGAAGAAAGUUGAGAGGAAAUUGGAGGAAAAAAGAGCAAGAGCACUAGAGAAGAUGCAGAAUGAGGUGGCAAAAGCAAGAAGAAAAGCAGAGGAGAAGAGGGCUUGUGCUGAGGCUAAGAGAGGAACAAAAGCUGCUAGGGUUCUUGAAAUAGCCAACUUAAUGAGAGCUGUUGGUAGACCCCCUGUCAAGCGCUCUUUCUUUUAAAACCCUUGAACUUACUAAUAAAAAAACAGUUUGCAAGGGGUUCCUUCCGUUUUAGACUAUUUAGGAACCCUAAUUAUGUUAAAUCAAAGUCUUAGGGUUGUCUUUUUGAGUUUCUUCAAGUGUGUUAAUUAAGGUUUUGGGGAGGGCUUUUUUGUUUUGGGUUGAAAAACUUGGCUGUGUGUUGUACAAAUUAAGAAAUAUAUUGCUUCUUCUUAUACAUAACUGUUGGGAA